AUGGAAAAAAUAUAAGGAUUAGUGGAUAGCCAAAAAUUUUAGGAGGCAAUUGAAGAAUUGACUGAUUUAUUGGAGAGUGAAUUACCAAGUCCGAAGCUUGGAACUCUCGAAAUGCUCAAUAGUAUUUUAGGUCAAAGCACAAAGAGACAAGAUUUGUAAAUAGCAAUUUUAAGAUUGGCAAAAUUUGAGAAUUCAAGGAGAUAUUGUGAUUUAAUUCUUAAUUUGGCCAGGAUAUACAUUGAUCUCGGAUAAUUGAGUGCUGCAAAAUAGGAGUUGGAGAAAUUAAGGAGUAUUGAUAAUAAAUGUAUUCAAUGCCUACUUUAAGGAUUUGAUAGAAUGUUCAAUUAAGAGAGAGAAGAUCUACAAAAAGAAGAUCAAUGGGAGUAAUUUUAGCUGUUGGAAAAGGAAGAAAAAGAAUUAGAUUAUUUUUCAUAAGAUGGUUUAUACAGUUAUCUGAUACCGACAGCUUGGUUUUAGAAGUGGAGACAGUAUGUGAGAAACGAAGAUCCAUUGGUGCUAGAGGACCCAAUUUUGGGUUUGAAUGUUGCAAAAUUGCGAUAGAUACUCAAUCUUAAUGAAGAUUCUAUUAACGAAGAGAUAGUUGUAGCACCAGGUCCAAUUGAUAGUUCGAGACUACUUUAAGUAUAAUGGAAUUUGCUACCUGAUCCGACUGAAUCAAAACAAUAUUUGAACUAUGUUUUGAGAAAUGAUUUGAGAGAAGGAGUUGAUUUUUUUCAUGUGAGUGCAAAAGUGUUUAGAUUUUUUGAAAAGAUUUAUGGGGCAAUCAUGGUUAAAAGGCUUAUUGUGAAAUAAGAGGAUUAAGACAGGGCAAUAGUAGAUUUAGUUCCAAGAGUUGUAGAAAUAAUCAUCAUGGAAAAUUAAUAGUAAGAAUCAUCCUUAUCAGUGAAUGGGUUUGAAUAAGUAAAAGAAUUAACCAGAAAAAUUAAUGUCAUUAAAGGCAACAAAAAUUAAAUCAGAUGGUGGAAAUUUAAGGAUCUAUAAAGCCAAUUGGAUUGGAUGGCUUUGAUCUAGAAAGGGGCUUUCCUCAAAAAUAUCAAAGCAAUAGAAUUAGACUUAAAAACAAAAAUUGAUGAUCUAAAUUUAACUACCCAAGAUGUUCUCAUAUGUGAAAUUAAACAAGAUAAAGGCAUGUAAUUGACUGCUGAAGUAAAUGUAGAUCAAUAAAAAGAAUAAAAUGUUUCAGAACUCUAUAAAAAAUUUGGAAUCAGUAAUAUUCCUAAAAUAGUAUCUGAGUGCAAAAGAGGAAUGACAGGUUUACAGAAUUUGGGAAACACCUGUUUUAUGAAUGCUGCACUUCAAUGUCUAAGCAAUACCUAUGAAUUUACAGAGUACAUGGUGUAUAAUCACUUUGCUAAACAUUUGAAUCCCAAUAAUGUAUUGGGAACCAAGGGAUUUUUGGCAGCAUCAUAUGCUGAAUUAAUGAAAUCUAUUUGGUUUGCAAAUUAUUAAAGUGUUUCAGCCAUUGAAUUAAAAAAAGUGAUAGGGAAAUGUGCACCUCAAUUUUAUGGGUAUGGUUAAUAGGACUCUCAUGAAUUCUUGUCAUAUCUCUUAGAUGGAUUACAUGAAGAUCUCAAUAGAGUUCUUAAUAAGCCAAUUGUUUCAGACAUAGAAAUUACAAAUGAGAGUGAUUAAUAGGCUUCUGAAAAAUUUUGGACCAACUAUACUUUGAGAAAUCAAAGCAGAAUAUAGGAACUUAUGGUUGGACAAUAUAAAUCAACCCUAGUUUGUCCACUUUGUAACAGGAUAUCAAAGACAUUUGAUCCCUUCAUGAGUUUAUCAUUGCCUGUUCCUAAUUUUUAAAUCUAUGCAGUUUCUUUGUACUUUUUAUAUGCCGAUAAUGAAAUUAUGCCAAGUAAAAUUAGUUUGUAAUUGGGGGGUGAUAUGACAGGAUUAGACAUAUUAAAAUAAUUAGAAAAACUGACAAAUGUCAGUCACGAAAGAAUGAAUAUGUUACUCAUUAAGGAUCAUAGAAUUUGUGAAAGAGUGACCUAUGAAUAAGUAGCAAAAUGGAUAGCAGAACAUUAUGGAAUGUUGUUUGUUUAAGAAGUUGAAUCAAACAUGUAAAAUCUGAAAUAGAAUUAAAUUAAUGUUGAUUUCUAUUACAUUGUAAAAGGAACUCCUGAUAAAGUUUUAUCAUUCCCUAGAUAAGUAGUGAUGAAUAAAAAAUGGACAUCGUAAUAACUCUAUGGAUUGAUCUACUCUAAAUUCAGAAUUCAUUUAACUUUUGCAGUGAAUGAAUUAACUACUAAAGAAUUUUCAUUAAAAGACGAAUUUUUAACAUUGCCCAAACCUAAAAAUUUAGAGGAAAGCAUACAAGAAUUCGCAAUAUUAGUAUAAAAUUAACUAUAACCAUUCACGCUAAGAUUCAAAGAUCUGACACCAGGUUAUCCAAAAAAGGAAACCUAAUUUAAUGAUAACAUAAUAAUUGAUAUCCCAGGAUCUAAUCUCUCUAUUGAAGUCAUUAUUUCAGAUUAUCUAGUAAAAAAUACCCUAAAUUUGAAAUUCCAAAGAUGUUAGGAAAUACCACCAAAUCCAAUUAAAACUUAAUAAGGAAAAAAAGAAUGUGAUCUUGAUGAUUGUUUUACAGCUUUUACGAGAGAAGAAAUUCUGGGUAAAGGAGAUGAAUGGUAUUGUAAUAAAUGCAAGAAACAUGUUCAAGCAUCUAAAAAGAUGGAAAUUUAUAAGGCUCCUUAAAUCUUAAUAAUUCAUCUCAAGAGAUUUAGAACGAAUAAAGUAACCAUGGUAGGCAAUGUUUUCAUUAAUAAUUAAACAUAGAAAAUUACUUAAUUGGUGAAAUUUCCACUUGAACUAAAUUUAAAUAAUUUAGUGUUAUCCAAAUAAGCAGGAGAUAAUUAAGAUUAUACGUAUGAUCUUUAUGCGGUGGAUAAUCACUAUGGUAGCUCAGCAGGAGGACAUUAUACAGCCUAUGCUUAUAAUAGUGUGCUUAAUAAAUGGAUUGAUUAUAAUGAUUCAAAUACUAGAACUAUCAGUACCAAUGUUGUAUGCGAGUCUGCCUACUUAUUGUUUUACAGAAGAAGAGACACUUAAAAGUGUUAAUUGUUCAAAUGA